AUGUACACUCGUCAGAUCCGCUCCGACACUCGCUCUGCGAUGCGCCUCGCCUCGCCGCUCCGCACGAGCGCAAUUAUUAUUAUCUACUCAGCCAUGACUUUCAGAGGAAAUGGUACUCCUAUUACGCAUAACAACACAGCAUACAUCCCAUCGUCUCUGAUGCCCGGGUACUGUGGACACAUUCCCACUACUAAAUUCCUGUAUGGGGAGACUUUUGGCAAUUCGUCCCUAACGUACUUCCAAAACAUCCGAUCUGCAAUGAUGGCCUCUAGCAAAAGCUCUUACAAUAGUGUGCCUCUGAGCUCCCAUACCCAAGACAGUAUCUUACCCUACUGGGUCCGGUACAACAUUGAUUUCAAAAGGCAGAAGGAGAUCAAGGACUUCAACAUGUUGUCACAGAAGCACAGGGAAAAUUACAAAGAUAAGACUGGUACUGUGCAGCCUGUCAAUUACUUUGUCAUGCCAGAAAAAGAGAAAAGGGAGCUUAGAAGAUCCCUCCAGAGUGAUUUUAAUUAGAGAUCAUGCCAUAUCAGAUGGAAGUAGCAGUCUGAUGAAGUCUAAUGGUGUCCAC